CGCUGGACAAUUGCUGGGGGUUUAUAGACGGUACAGCACGUCAAAUUUGUCGCCCGACAGUUGAGCAGCAAGAACACUUUUCAGGGCACAAGAGGCACCACGUGCAAAAGUAUCAGGCUGUGAUGUGCCCAAAUGGAAUCAUUUGCCAACUGGAUGGGCCUUUCAAGGGGCGGCGUCAUGAUGCGGGCAUUCUCAAGGCAACCAAGUUAUAUGAAAACCUCGAGAAGGUCACAAUGGGCAACAAGUUCGUGAUUUAUGGCGACCCUGCCUACCCUUUGCUCCCACUCCUAUACAAGCCGUUUGGAGGCACCACCCUGCAACCUUACGAGGCAUUUUUCAAUAAGGGGAUGAGCAGGGUGCGGCAAGCUGUGGAGUGGGGGUUUGGCAAGGUUGCCACAGAGUUUGCCUUUGUGGACUUCCACAAGAAUCAAAAAAUGUCGCGUCAGCGAGUCGGACGUAUGUACCGUGUGGCAACACUUCUUGCCAACUGCCACACAUGUCUGUACGGCAGUCAAGUGUGCGACUUUUUUUAUCUUUGCCCCCCUUCACUUGAUGAGUACUUGGUGCCGUGUGUCAUGCAAGAGGCACAUACAGGGGCCGUAUUCUAAAAUGUCCACUUCGACGAUAGUUUGCCUUUCGCCUUCAGGC